AUUGGCUGCUGCAGACCCACCCCCUCGUCGGUUUGCGGAUCGGCGAAGCCUGGAUUGGUGGAGCUAAGAGCAGGCUCAGCAGCAGUUCAAGCUCUUGGUUCAGGGCAGAGAUGGCGACUGCGACUCGGCUGCUGCGGUGGCGUGUGGCGAGCUGGAGGCUGCGGCCGCCGCUUGCCGGCUUCGUUUCUCGGCGGGCCCACUCGCUUUUACCGGUGGACGAUGCAAUCAACGGGCUAAGCGAGGAGCAGAGGCAGCUUCGUCAGACCAUGGCUAAGUUCCUUCAGGAGCACCUGGCCCCCAAGGCCCAGGAGAUUGAUCGCAGCAAUGAGUUCAAGAACCUGCGAGAAUUUUGGAAGCAGCUGGGGAACCUGGGCGUAUUGGGCAUCACAGCCCCUGUUCAGUACGGCGGCUCUGGCCUGGGCUACCUGGAGCAUGUGCUGGUGAUGGAGGAGAUAUCCCGAGCUUCUGGAGCAGUGGGGCUCAGUUACGGUGCCCACUCCAACCUUUGCAUCAACCAGCUUGUGCGCAAUGGGAAUGAGGCCCAGAAAGAGAAGUAUCUCCCAAAGCUGACCAGUGGUGAGUACAUCGGAGCCCUGGCCAUGAGUGAGCCCAAUUCAGGCUCUGACGUUGUCUCUAUGAAGCUCAAAGCGGAAAAGAAAGGAGAUCACUACAUCCUGAAUGGCAACAAGUUCUGGAUCACUAAUGGCCCUGAUGCUGACGUCCUGAUUGUCUAUGCCAAGACGGAUCUGGCUGCUAUGCCGGCUUCUCGGGGCAUCACGGCCUUCAUUGUAGAGAAGGGUAUGCCUGGCUUUAGCACCUCUAAGAAGCUGGACAAGCUGGGGAUGAGGGGCUCUAACACCUGUGAGCUAAUCUUUGAAGACUGUAAGGUUCCUGCAGCUGCCAACAUCCUGGGCCACGAGAAUAAGGGUGUCUACGUGCUGAUGAGUGGGCUGGACCUGGAGCGGCUGGUGCUGGCCGGGGGGCCUCUCGGGCUCAUGCAAGCGGUCCUGGACCACACCAUUCCCUACCUGCACGUGAGGGAAGCCUUUGGCCAGAAGAUCGGCCACUUCCAGUUGAUGCAGGGGAAGAUGGCUGACAUGUACACCCGCCUCAUGGCAUGUCGGCAGUACGUCUACAAUGUUGCCAAGGCCUGCGAUGAGGGCCACUGCACUCCCAAGGACUGUGCAGGUGUGAUUCUUUACUCAGCUGAGUGCGCCACACAGGUAGCCCUGGAUGGCAUUCAGUGUUUUGGCAGCCGGAUGCUCCAGUUUUGCCCUGGAAGACACGAGAGAGUAAGGGCCGGAUAGAUAAGAGGGAAUUUUCUUGAAGGAGAAAAGGUAUUCUGGGCCCAGGAAUAUCUCAGCACAGGCAGUACCUCCACUCCUCAAAGGUGGCCAGUGGAUCAGUGGCGGAAGUACAGAGGGCUGCCCUUGCUGGCAGGAGAAGGAAGGAAGGAAGGAAGCAAGAAGACUAGGGCUCUAUGCUCGUGCUGGCAGAGAGAGAGACACAGCUCCAGAUCCAGAUCCAUUCAGAUGCAUCUUGUGCCUUGUGCCCGUCCAGGAGCAAACAUGGGUGAGCAUGCACAUGGACACGCAUACCUCCGCACACACUUUCAGAGAGGCUGUCGGACACGCUGCAGGAGCAGAGGCAAGGAGCGUGAACACGCAGCUGCUUGUGGAAGAUAAGCCCGGCGCUGGGGGCUGCCUGCCUGGCCUGUCUCGAGAGUCCCCUUGCACAUCUGCCUGGGUUCCCAAGAGGCAACCUCUACAAAGAUACGUGUUUUCAGGACAAGCUGCCCCCUCCCGCAAAAUCUUUCUGUUUACAGGAAUGCAGUAGCAAAAUCCCUUAGUUCAUAUUUGAGUCCUGUCUGAUGCUGACAGGCUGGCCAGAGCUGGGCAUACAGUAGGUCUCUUUACUUGCUGAAGUAAAAUAGUUAAAUGAAAUUUACUAUAAGAUAAAUUAAGAUAACUUUACUAUAAGCUAUAUUAAGAUUUAAAACAGGGGGAAAGAGAAACCUGAAAUGAGAAAAGGGGAGUGAAGGAAGACUUGAUGUCCUUCAUAACUGGCCUGCAUUCUGCCCAGCCCCUCCUUUCUUUCCAGAAGCCCACCAGUGGCCCAGAGUGGAAGGGUGGGAGUCAGACCAGCCCAAGGUUGCUAAUUAAGACUAGACUGCCAAGCAUGGUGGCUCAUGCCUGUAAUCCCAGCACUUUGGGAGGCUGAGGCAGGCAGAUCACCUGAGGUCAGGAGUUCGAGACCAGCCUGGCCAGCAUGGUGAAACCCCAUCUUUACUAAAAAUAUAAAAAUUGACUGGGUGUGACGGCACGCACCUGUAAUGCCAGCUACUCGGGAGGCAAUUCUCCAAGAAUUACUUGGACCUGGGAGACGGAGGUUGCAGUGAGCCGAGAUUUGGCCACUGCAUUCCAGCCUGGGUGACAGAGUGAGACUCUGUGUUAAAA